UUAUUUAAAAAAUUACGGUUAAGCAAAUGAUUUAUUUUUAACUUUUUAAUAGUGUUAAAUUAUAAUAAAUACUCAUACAAAUACAAACCUUACCAGGUAAUAUGUCCAGCACCUUCGCAAUUGUAAAAACAAACGUUUCACUUCCUUCUUAUUUGAAACACUUUGAAAGUGACUAUGACAGAGUCAACAUUAUUUAUUCCAAGAAACCGAGUAUUUCAUCUCAAAAUGAUGAUUCGUCAUCUCCUGUUCUGGAGAAUAGUACUCUUGAAAAUUCAUUGCAAGAAAGUGAUCUGACUGGGGACCCAUUAAAAGUAGAUCUAGGCAAUGAUGACUCCAUUCAAAUGAUUAAAAUUGACGAAGUACUUCACAGCUGGACAAAGGACGAGUCCAAACAUUUUCCAUUGCUAAUCAAAGAUGCUAAAAACCAGCUUAAUAAGGUAUUGAAGAAUUCAGGUUCGUGUGAAUCUGAGAAUGUUUUCCCAACAUACGUAGUUUGUUCUGAUAAUGCAUCAAAUCCCACUAUUGUAAUUGGAGGUGAUAGAAAAAAUCAUGCAGGUUGUAUAAUAGAAGUCUUGGAUAUAAUACAAAAGAAUGAUCUUUCUGUUGAGCUAAAUAAGAUGAUCGAGUAUCAUUUGAAAAAGUAUAAUGUUGACUUAGCAAAGACCUCAUACGUAACAAACAUGAAAUAUAAUAUAUACGGCAACCAAACUUUUAAAAAUCUAUCUUGUCAAAGUGCCUCUAUGAGAAAUUUUGACUACCAUGCAAACGUCAACGUUGAUGUAUCUUGUAAUGAGUGCAUUUCGUGCGCCAAUGAGGGCAAGAAUAUCAAUAUAACAAUGAAUUUAGAAAUGAUAGCUGGUCAUAGGUUACUGACCUUGAAUUAUUUAUUUGAGGAGGUAUGUGUGUUGCAAAAUUAUUUGGAUAUACUCCUUUCUGUCACAACAAUAAAUGGAGAAACAAUUUUGUGUAAUGAUCCUUUAGAAACCGAUGAGAUAUUGAGAAAAAUUGAGAAACUGGUCGCAACGCGAUUCUUAAGAAACCCAUCAGUCGAAAGUGUUGAUCCUAAAAACAUUAGGAAUGGCGAUUUUCUAGAUGAAUUAUGGAACAUUCUAAAAUAUUGCGAGAAUAUUACGGUUUUGAGAGAUAGCUUUCAUUUCCUGUUUGAAGAAAUUAUUGAGACCAAUAACAGAAGUGUGAUGAUUAAAGACUUGACGUCGUAUAUAGCGCAGCUAAUUGACGGUAUCCUAAACGGAAAACUUAUUUUGUCCGCCAUCACGCUGAAGCAAGCCGUCGAACUGCUUUUCGAGUUGGGCGCGUAUAAAUUAAAGAACGACUUUCAAGCCAUUUUCAAACUGUCCUCUUCGAAUAUCAGAACGAACGUCAUAGAUACUGUAUGGAAAGGAUUUGUCCAAAAACCAACAGUCGAGUCGAGCAAUACUCGGGCCACUCGAGUCACUCAGAGUUUACAGCACUCACAGCUAGAUAUUAAAAUUAAGCAGCUCGCAUACUUAGGUCAGUUGUAUGUGGGUGCUGAGUUUAUUUGCUUAAUAAGAGAUCAGGUACCUCUUAACGAAGAUACAUUUUAUUCUUUGUGCGACAAUAUCGAGAAAGAGUACAUCAUUAAUUCCUCAAAGUUUAUAGAUUUUUUGGAAAUCUACCAGACUCCUUUGUGUGAAUUGUCGUUUUCUUUGGAUUCGAAAAAUUUGACUGUUAUUGGAGGCAUAAUGCCCACAAACUGGUCAAUGCAAGUGAAUUCCAAAUAUAAUGAUAUGACACUAACUACUUCCUACGUCUUGGCAGAUUUUCCAAUAUUUCCACCCUGUAUAUACGAUGAUGAUAUCCCUGCUAUGGACAAAGAAAAAAUGUUUUACUAUGUUUUUAGAAUGUCAAAAAUAAGGGGUUUAUUUUAAGUUCUAAUGAUAAUACAAU